AUGCCCUUAGAAGUGGAAGAAAAAUGCCUGGCAUUUCAUGGCCCACUUUUGUACGCGGCUAAAAUUUUGAAAUUGCACGAUCCAGACACUCCUGACAAUGAAGAGCCAGAGAAACCGGAGAAUAACGAACAUAACGAGGCAGACCAAGUGCCGGCAAACCUGAAAGAUCAGAAAUGUUUUUAUAUCCAUUACAGGGGCUGGAAAUCGUCGUGGGACGAAUGGGUGGGUCUAGAUCGGAUACGUGAGUAUACAGACGAGAAUUUGGAAUUCAAGCGACAACUUGUGGAGCAGGCUAAGGACGCUAGACAGGCCAAAAAAAAAGCGCCUGCUAAGCCCCGCAAGAUAGUAGAGCCCCGGAAACGCAACAAGAACCAGCCAGGGUCUUCAGUACCGGACGAAUCAGCGGGCUCUGUCCAGCAUCAAGGCCCACGUAUUGUAAUUCAUAUCUCACAACCGCUCAAAGCGGUACUGGUGGACGACUGGGAACGCAUCACUAAAGACAAGAAAUUGGUGCACUUGCCCUGUGAGCCUACGGUAGCGCAACUAAUAGACGAGUACUACAAAGCGGCCAGCGCACAAGAGACGUCGCCCGUGACACAAUCACAGCUGCAGGAAUACUGUAGCGGGCUGAAAUUGUAUUUCGAUCACUCGCUGGCCGUGAUGCUGCUGUAUCGUUUCGAGCGAAUGCAGUAUGCUGAUCACGUGCAAGAAUCGGCCACUACCGUUUAUGGCGCCAUUCAUUUGCUGCGAUUACUCAGCAGUCUUCCUGAGCUGGUCUCACUAACGUCCAUGGACGAAGCUGGCUGCGAUGUGGUUGUUCAGCAGACCGACAAGUUACUGAAGUGGCUUGAGAACAAAUCUGAGCUUUUCAACGAAAACACAUACGUCAACACAGGUAGUCAGUAUGAAGGAAUGGCCCUGGGACUGUAA